CACACGAACACACGAACACACGAAGCACAUACAUCAUGGCACCGCCCGACAAAGAACCUACGAUCAAGCUGCUCCUGAUCGGCCCAUCGAACAGCGGCAAGACGGCGCUUCUACUUCGCUACGUCGACGACAUCUUCGACACGGACUCAGCAACAGCGACGAUCGGCGUGGACUUCCGGGUGAAGAAGCUUUCGGUCGGGGGGAAGCCGCACCGUCUGCUCCUCUUCGACACGGCGGGCCAGGAGCGCUUCCGCACCCUCACUAGUAGCUACUACAGGAACGCGCAGGGUUGCAUCCUCGUCUAUGACGUCAGCAAUCGCGAGAGCUUCCUCAGUAUGGAUCAUUGGUUCGGCGAGUGUGCGAAGUAUGCCGAGCCGGGCAUCGUGAUGUAUUUGGUCGGGAGUAAGAUCGAUAAGGCGGGCGCGCGCACGGUUACAGCGGAGGAGGGGAAGGCGCUGGCGGACCGACAUGGCGCGGGCUUCGUCGAGGCCAGUAGUAAGACGAGGGAGAACGUUCGCACGCCGUUCAUCGAUGUGGUUAAUAAGAUCAUCGAGACGCCUGAGUUGAUGGAUCCUAAGUUGACGAAGAAGAGGCGGGAUACCGCUAUUAAUAUCGGCCAAGACCAGGACGAUACUGCGGGCGCGGCUUGUGUCUGUUAGGCCGGCUGUGUCUGUUAGGCCUGCGGAUGGGUUGUUUCUGGUUUCUUUUCACUUGCGUCGUUGCUGUCGUUGUUUGGAGUUGUGGGCUGCAUUCUGUUCUGCGUGGGGGCACGGGUUAGAUCAUAGAUACCCUCGGCAUUCUUUUGAGAGGAGUUUGUUUGGCUUUUAUUUUCCAUUCCUUCUGUACACUAUCUUUGCUUGGACGCACCAAUAUAUGAUGAUUUAU